ACACUCGAGUUGCUCAUUCCCUUCCCAAGUAGCUUCACCUUUCGUGAAAGGUUACGCUCUAUUCAUUCUCUUUUUCCUUCUAUUUUUUUAUUCUUUUUAACCUUAAAAUGCCAUCAUAAAUGGUGGAAACGUCCGGCGGCAAAGCAGCACCAGAAGCGCAACCAGUGAUCUAGCCGCCGCCCGCCGGAAAAAAUGUUGGCAGCUAUGGAGGUUAAGGCCGCGUUUGGCGAAGUGGUGCCUUGCAUGGCCAUGGUUAUGGUAGAAGCUUGCACUAUCUUCUUGACUAUCAUGGCUAGCACUGCCAUGGCCAAAUUUGGGACCAACCCUUUCGUCUUCGUGGUCUACACUAAUGCCCUUGCCUCCAUCUUCCUUGUUCCUUACUCAAUCAUAUAUCAUCGGAGAGACAAGGCUCAAGAACAAUUGUUCACCUUUCCUCUUCUCUUGCGCUUAUUCUUCCUUGGCCUAAUAGGUGUAACGAUAAGUCAGAACCUUGCAUUUGUUGGUCUAAGUUACAGUUCUCCGAUCGCUGCUUGUGGAACAGCCAAUAUAGUUCCGGCGUUGUCAUUUAUUCUGGCCAUCAUUCUCAGGAGAACAAAAAUUGAUUGGGAGAGUGGAGGAAGCCAGGCAAGAAUGAUUGGGGCCUUGAUAUGUACAGUGGGAACAAUAUCACUUAUUUUUUACAGGGGACCAGUGGUGAACAACUAUUCCCCAACAUUCCUACACCUAUCCACCACUCAAUUUGUAUUCUCCUCAUCAACAAACCAACAAAAUUGGGUUCUGGGUUGCCUCUGCUUCAUAGCUGCUUCAUUAACUCUUUCUAUAUGGAAUAUAAUUCAGGUGGGAACAAUCAGAAUAUACCCACAAGUAAUGAAAAUAAUGUGUGUAUAUAGCUUAUUUGGGACGGUCCAAUCUGGAGCACUCUCUUUGUUCAUAGUAAGAGAUCUCAAUGCUUGGAGGCUAGGCCUCAAUUUCCAACUCAUCGUCAUUCUUCUAACUGCCAUUUUUGGGAGUAUAAUUCGUAGCAGUGUGCAGUUAUGGUGCAUGCGCAUGAAAGGUCCAUCUUUUCCACUCAUUUUCAAGCCUGUAGGGAUUGUUGUUGCCAGCUCUUGUGGCUGCUUAUUCUUUGCUGAUACUUUUCACUAUGGAAGCAUGUUUAGUGCGUUUAUAUGUGGAAUGGGUUACUACACUACGAUUUGGGGGCAAUUAAAAGAUGAAGAAAUACAACAGAUCAAGGGCAGUUCUGUUUCUUUACCUGAUGAAAAAGUCCCACUUCUCCAGCAGUCGCAAGAUGAUUCACCGGUUUAAGGUUGUAUGAUCCUCAAAACGUUAAAUUGUGAUUUUUUUUUUUUGUAUAUAAAUUAGGAAAUGGGUGUGAUUUUCAAAGCCCUAAAUCCCAUGCAUGUUGAACAAUAUAAUAUAUAAGUAUAGAAGAGGUUGUUCAACUAUGUUCUGUGUCUAGAUUUUGGUUAGUGUUAGUUUGUGGAUGUUCCUCUUGUAAUUAAAGCACUGUUGAGUUGAGAGUAAAAAAACAGGUCUUUGUAAUUAAGCAUCGAGUAUAUUUGGGUU